CCUUCUCUUGCUAAUUGAUAUCCCAAAUAAGCUUGGCCAGUACACAGCCUGCUCCCAAAGAUGCAGCGAAUGAUUAAGAGUGAUCACAGGAUGUUCUCAGCAUCUGAUGAUAGUACAAUGAUGAAGCAAAUUCAGGCAACACAUGCUCCUGAUGGUCGUGAACUUGAUGUCAACCCUUUUCUCCAUAUCAUUGAGGAUAUCUUGCGUCGUGCCAAUCCUAUCAUUGAUGGUGGUUUCCAUGGUACUCAAGAACACGUCGAUCAUGUGGAGGACAGUGCUAGUCUGGCUGGUUUUGACGACAUUCUUGAAGCAUUGGCUUACAUCAUACAUAAAAUUUCAUGCGAGAUAUCAUGUAAAUGCUCUGGUGGUGGAGAUGCACAUGCAACAACUAUGGUGUUAUUCAACACCCUUACGAGUUAUAGUUGGGAUGCAAAAGUGGUUCUCUCACUAGCAGCUUUUGCUGUGAAUUAUGGGGAAUUCUGGCUCGUAGCUAAACUUUCCACAACAAAUCCACUUGCCAAGUCCGUGGCAUUCCUUAAGCAACUGCCCGACAUCAUAGAGCAUUCAAACUCUUUGAAACCCCAGUAUGAUGCACUUGAGAAACUCAUCAAGGCCAUGAUGGAUUUAACUAGGUGCAUUGUUGAGUUCAAGGAGCUACCACCUCAGUACAUUUCACAUGACACACCAGCAAUGUCAACUGCCAUAGCUCAUAUCCCUGCUGCUUCCUAUUGGAUCAUUAGAUGCAUAGUGGCUUGUUCCUCACAGAUUGCAAGCCUUAUAGGUUUGAGACAUGAGCAUACUGCAUCAACCACUGAAGCAUGGGAACUAUCAAGCUUGGCUCAUAAGGUCAACAAUAUACACGAGCACCUCAAGAAGCAACUCGCUCUCUGCUAUCAACAGAUAGAUGAGAAGAGACAUCUAGAAUACUAUCAAAAUCUCGUCCACCUAUUUGAAACAUCACACCUUGAUAAUAUGAAGAUUCUCAAGGCAUUGUUAAACCCCAAGGAUGAGCUGCAACCACUGGUGAUUGGUUCAACCAAGACAAGGGCAAACCUUGAAGUUCUAAGGAAGAAGCAUGUUUUACUGCUCAUAUCGGAUCUUGAUAUCUCCCAUGAAGAAGUUCUCUUUCUUGAUUCUAUGUACAAGGAGCCGAAAAGGCCAGAGAUCCAAUAUGAAUUGGUGUGGCUCCCAAUUGUGGACAGGUUGACCCCUUUGAAUGAAGAGCAUCAACAUAUAUUCAAGCAUUUGCAGUCAAUGAUGCCAUGGUAUACUGUGUACGAUCCUUGGAUCAUUGAAACAGCAGUCAUUAAGUAUAUCAAGGAAGUGUGGCAUUUUGCAAAGAAGUCAAUUCUAGUGGUAUUGGAUCCACAAGGAAAGGUGGCUUCCCGGAAUGCACUUCACAUGGUUCGGAUAUGGGGAAAUCAUGCCUUCCCUUUUACUAGUGAGAAAGAAGAUGCUUUAUGGAAGUUGGAAAAUUGGAAGCUUGAUCUACUUGUUUAUGGCAUUGAUGUAGAAAUACCAGAUUGGAUAGCAAAAGGGAGUGUUGUAUGCUUGUAUGGAGGUGAGGACAUUAACUGGAUCCGGAAAUUCACAACUACAGCAAAAGCUGUAGCUGAGGCUGCUGGGAUCAACUUAGAAUUGGUUUAUGUAGGAAAGAACAAUGCCAAGGAGAGGCUGAAGAAAAAUAUUGCUACUAUCAAUGCAGAGCAGCUUAGUCACUACUGGCCUGACAUCUCAUCAGUUUCAUUAUUUUGGUCACGACUGGAAAGUAUGUUGUACUCAAAAUUGCAAAAGACUGUAGAAAAUGAUUACAUAAUGCAGGAGGUCAUGACUAUGCUUAGCUUUGAUGGUAGUGAUCAAGGAUGGGCAAUAUUAUUUAGAGGAUCAGAUGAAAUGGCUAGGGCCAAAGGAGACUUGGCUCUAAGAAGCCUGCUAGAGUUCAAUGAGUGGAGAGAGGAUGCUGAGCUUAAUGGUUUUGUACCAGCACUCAAAGAUUACCUACAAAAACUUCACACCCCACAUCAUUGCAACCGCCUUAUCCUUCCUGGGAUUGAUGGGGGCAUUCCAGAGAGGGUGGUAUGUGCAGAAUGUGGCCGUCCUAUGGAGAAGUACUACAUGUACCGUUGCUGUACUGACUAGAUGACAUGGUUGAGCAUGUUACUAAUAAGCAUGUUUAUUGUGAAAGCCCAUUUUGUUAUCUUGGUUAAUUGAAUGAUUGGUGGUGUGAUCCCUCUACAUGAACUGUAGUAUUUCUGUUCUAAUAAUGAUGUUUGUGUGAAAUGUCAAGACUCUAGGAACCAUUUUGGGUAGUUGAGUCUGUGGCUAAUUAAUAAAGU